CUGAAAAAUACCCACUUUCUCACGAUAUGGCAUUACUUUUACAGUAUAAAGAAUUGGAUUUUGAAAGAAAGAAUUAUCAAAAUUCUACGGAGUGUUUGUCGCCAAAGUUAGAAUUAAAAAUUGAGAAUCAGAUAAAUCAAGUUAUUUCAGAAACUUUACUUCCAAUAUUUGAUGAUGAUCCUGAGGAAAUUAUUGAAGAAAAUGAUAUUAUACUGUCUCUUGAAGAUGGUAUAAAGUUGCAUCGUUUAAAAAAGCGUGAAGAUGCAUGGAACUGUUUCAUACAAAAUUCCGAACUUCCUUCAGCAAAAUAUUGGCAAGGUUAUUACUAUUGCAAUGGGUAUUUCGUAGAGAAAGAUCUAGAUAAAGCGAGGAAUCUUUUUAAAGAAGCUGCCGAUGAAAAUCAUACAGAAUCACAGUUUAGGUAUGCAGCUAUGCUGAUUUCCAAAAAAGAUGAUGAUGAAUCCGCAAAAGAUAAAAAUUUCCAAGAAAUUAUACGUUAUUUAAAAUUAGCAGCUGAAAAUAAAACUAUUGAUGCUAUGUAUUAUUUGGGCGAUAUUUACUUGAAUGGGAAACUUAAAGUACCUAAAGAUAAAGAGCGUGGAUUGGGUUAUUUAAAAUUAGCAGCCAAAAAUAAUAAUAAGAGGGCAUUAGAAACAUUAGAAAAGUUAG